AUGCACUUUUCAACCCUUGCUAUCCUUUCCUGUGUCGCCUCGUCCUCAGUAUUUGCCGCUCCCCAGGCCUCUCCAAUUCUUACUGCCACUGUCCAACUCGUCAAUCGUGAUUCUGGCGCAAGUGUCAAUGUCGUCAUCCCUAUGGAUGGUGUGGAAUACGACGUCCAAACUCUUUGGAAGAAUACCGCUGUCGACAACGCACCUGAUGGUACUGUUUUCGCUUCAAGCGCUCAACUUGUUGCUUUUAAGCAAAAUACCAUCUGCGCCUUCACUGAACUUUCGAAUGUGAAAGGAAAAUCUUUGAAUGCCCAGAAUACUUGGACUGAGUUUGCUUCUAAGCCCGUGGAUAUGUGUGGUUCUAAACUGACGUGCAAGUCAACUUGA